AUGGUCCGAUUGAAGCACCGCUACCUGCUCGUCAACAUUUUGUACCCCGAAUCAGACACUCCCACAAAGUCCACGACAAGAGACGGACAAAUCCCAGAUGUCGUAUCUUUCCGCCGUCCUUCAUCGGACAAACUCAAUGCCCAAUUGCUGGCACGCAUAAUCAGAGAUGGUGUUGCAGAACUGUUUGGAGACUAUGGCAGCGGCAUGAUCGCUAGCAGUCUUGUCGUGAAAUACCUAUCUCCUGCCACUUCUACUGCUAUAAUUCGAGUAUCACGCGCGCACUAUCGUCUAGUGUGGGCCGCUCUGAGUUUCGUUACCCGGUUACCGCGACCCAUCGAUCAAGCCUGUGUUAUUCAGGUCGUCAGAGUGUCUGGAACCAUUCGCAAGGCCGAAGAGGAAGCUAUCAGAAGAGCAAAGGCUGCAAUUCUACGAGCGACGGCACAAGGAAGAGGCUCCGACUUUACACUCGACAAGAUGCUUGGAAGUGACAGUGCGGCAAGCAAUACAAGAGCAGGAGCAUCUAUAGGCAUCGAAAGCGACGACGACGAAGACGAAGUGGACCAAGAUUGA